CCUGGAUCAGUGCCAAGUGUUAUUUGGACUCCUGUGAAGAAAUAGGAAGUGGAGAUCAUAUUGUGUCAUUAAAAAAAAAAGCAAAUUACACAAUGAGUCAACCUAAUCAGGUUCUCCCUUCAUCCUCUCAAAAGAAUGAUUAUCCAUAAUAUGCAAGGAAGCUAAAGGCAGCUUGAAUAUCAGCACACCUCUUGGGGAACCUUCAGAUGCUUUAAUCAGACUUUGUUGGACUAGACCAUGGCUGCCGAUGAUCAUAUGAUGCAGUUUGAUUACAAUUUCUGGAAAAUUCCACUUAGCAAGGACCAGAUUUCACUGCUGAUAUUGGAGAAAGUUUGGACAAAACUAAAAAUGGGACACAAGUUCCAAGUCAUCAUUUUUAUUUGCUGCUUGUGCCUGAUUGAUCACACAACAGGGAUGCGUGGAGGAAAUGGUAAAGAUUCAAAACAGGGCGCAGGAAGAUGUCAAGGAUGGGAGAUCAAUCUAAGGAACAACCUCACUGACCCAGGAAAUAUCUCAGAUUACAUUAACGACUUUUAUGAGAAUAUCAGCGAUCUGAGCCCAGGCUGUGUCCGAACAUUCAGCCUCAAUGUCACUCAUUCUAAUUUGGUGGAACUGAUGAAUCUUUUAAAUACCAAAUAUGAUAACCUGAAUCCAGGUACCAGGAAGCAGAUUUAUAAAUGGGUUGAAGGUACUUACGCAAAAACACCAGAAUCUAGAAUGAAAACCAUGGGUCACAUACAAAAUGAGAGAAAAUCAAAAAAUCAGGAUGAAAAACCAGAAAAAGGGAACGGGAAAGGCAAAAAUAGUUUUAUCACCCUUGAUGUUCUUAACAUACUUGGCCGUUUCAUUGUCCAAGCACCUACUUCUACUCUCAAGAGCAUUUCGAAGGGUAAUGAUAAUACGGUAUGUCAGCUCUUCAAGUCUUCCUCUGACCUUUUGGAUAAGCUGUUUGAUCUCACACCUGUGCAAGCUCGCAUAUUUUUAAAUGGACUGGAUAAUUGCACUGAUGUUGACACCACAAAUGAAACAGUAAUCGUGGAGCUUGGUCAGUUGGCAUGUUUUUACCCAACCAAACAACUGAAAUCACUUCGUAUGAAUGCAAUAAAGGCUUUGCAGGACAAGCUGCACAACUGCACCAGGAAUAUAAAGAAGAUCUACCAAGCACUAUUGGAGGUUACUGGUGUCAACAUUUUAAGUGCUGAAAAUCUAAAAGACCUGGGAGAUGCUGCGAUUGGGCUGAAAAUCAGUCAAUUGUCCAACAUCACGAAAGAGGUUGUUGUGGGUGCUGUUGAAGUAUUGAAGGAUGUCAGAGGCUGGUCCAAAGGCCAAGCUAAGGUCUUUGUCAAAAAGUACAUGGAGGCUGAAAACGUCACAGCCAACAAAUUGAAAAAACUGGGUUAUCUUUCAUUUGGUUUUGGUGCCAAGACAUUCAGCAAGUUCAAAGGCCAGGAACUCUUAACUGCUUUUACUGAUGAGGAAGUGCUAGAGUCCGUGAAUUUCAUGUUGCCCGUACAGAAGAAAUCUAUCAUGAAAGGGUCUGUUGCUGCCAUUGAUCGUGUUAAAAACCAACUCAACGAUGUUAAAAAUAUCAGUAAAUUGAAGGCUGUUGUCAAAGGAAUUCCAUGUAGCCUCAUUAACACACUGAAAUCUGAUGUGGUGAAGGCACUGGCAAAUAAUCCCCUUGUUUCUAGUAAUCAGAUUCGCUGUUUUUCUAUCAAAUUCUUUAAAGACAAAACCAGCAACCCAAACUACUUCAACAACCUGACAUCAGAAGACAUUAAUGAAUUCCUGAUCUCAUACAUGAUUUUUCAACCGGAUAUUAACGAACUGAAGCUCAUUCCUCAAGCUUUGUGCCCCCACAUGGUUGAGCUAAUAAGCCAAGCCAAUCUCACAAUGCUCCCCCGAAGUUCACCCAGACGUAAAGAACUUCUCGAUUACGCCACAAAUUGCCUGAAUUUGACUGCAUCUGCAAUGACAGAGGAUGAUGGUAACAGCUUGGGUUCCCUAGUCUGUGCAUUUAGUCCAGACGACAUUAACAAUUUAAACAACACUGUCUUCCUGGCGAUUGUUGAUCAACUUCGAGAAUGUGGACGAUUUGAUGAGACGAAGAAGACAGCUCUUAGACAGAAGAUCCUAUCAGCCUAUCCGCCUCUCUCAGAAUGGACAGUCGACGAGCUCACUGAGUUACGUAGCCUACUGGCAGUUCUCACGUAUGAGGAUUUUAAAUCAAUCCCCAAUAAUGAGGACAUCCAAACAGCACUCUUGGAAAUCCUGUCUGCUCACAAGUCUACUAGGAAUUUUGUCCCUCCUGAUUUUGAUAAUUCCCCAAAUGUCUCUGCACUUUAUCAAAAAGUCUUCAGUACGCUGAACAGCACUUCACAAAGCAGGAGAAAACAUGCAACAGAUUGCCCAAAACGUCCCACCGCAGAGGAAAUCGAAACUCUUGGAGAAGCCAACAGUUUAUGGACUGUUGAACAGUUGAGUUGUAUUUCAGUCGAAGACUUCAUAAAUUCACUGGACACACUGACUGAAGUUGAAGGCUUCAACAUCGCUCAGCUGAAAGCAUUAAAAUCAAAGGCCUUGGAGGCUUUUGGUAUGAAUAUCUCAAAUGACCAGCUUGCCUCUCUAAAGAAGAUCACACUCGGCUUUGAUGAGAGUGAAGUAACGCAAUAUUUCACUGCACCUGAUAUUGAUACUAUUGGUGCAAUCUCAGACUACCAGGAAUGGGCCAGCACUGAGUAUUCCAAACAAGCCAAGACUAUCAUGAAGAACUUCUUGGGUCAGCGAUCAGACAGUCAACUUAGUAGCACAGAUCUUGUUGGUAUGGGUUAUUUCCUUUGUACCCGUAGCUCAGACGAAAUCAAGAACAUUAAUGCGACAGCCUACAGCACUGCUGCCAAGGAGAUUGGGGAAACGAUGUGUCCUAAUAUUGAGACUCUAACUGCUUUGAAGAAUAAAGCAGUGGAAGCAUUUUCCAGUGUGGAUACCUGGACUGGCACACAAUUGCAAGAGAUAGGGGUCGUAGCAGCUGGCCUUAGUAAAGAAGAAGUGCCCAAACUGAUGACAUCUGCAGUUUCAUUCUUGACACCAGGAGCUGUUUCCAAGAUCCCCCCAAAUGUUUUCUCGGCUAUGACUGUUGAGCAAUUGAGAAAUCUGGGGCCACAGAACUAUGGCGCAGUUACUGACGCACAGAAAGCAGCCUUGUCACAGGAGAAGCUUCAAGCCUUAAAAGAAAAUGCAGGAUUUGAGCGAGCCAUUGAUAAUGCAGGUGCAAUCUCCUGGAACCCUGUGAUGAUACUGACCCUUCUGGUUCUCAGCUUGACAGCGACACUUCAUUAAUCUGCAGAAUUGCGAAAAUCGCUGAUGCCAAAAGCGACACCAAGCAAAGCCCAAAAAUAAUUACCCAUUGAAGUUCAAGUUAAAAAUAAUGCAAUUAUGAACCACUGUAAAUUCCUGCCCAUUCACAUUACAGAGGUUAUUGGCUAACCACAUAAAAUGCAAUCGGUAGAAAAAUAGAAUUUCUCACUAAAUUUCCUAAAACUGAAAACAUAAAUACAUUCUGUUAGUAACGUCUACUUCACAUGAAAUACCAGUUAACUCAAAUAUUGCUACAAUGGGUGAAAUGAGAAUGAUGCAUAUAGCCUGUUUGUCCAAGAAACUUGUUUAUUGUGAUUUGUAUGAUUAAAGACAUGAAGUGCAGGUUUUCCUCCCCUUAUUAUUAAAUAUUAACCAGCUACCAUUACAGUGAGCAUGUCAAGGGAAUGGAAAAAACAAGUGUGUGAUCACUGCUGGUUUAACCUUUAGCUAGGGACAGAGAUCAUGUAAUACAGCAGCUAGCUAGCUGUAUAAAUAAUGCAUUAUGUGAUCUCUGAGAGUUACUUCUGUUGCCUUUUCCAGCAAAUGUUACAGCUUUGCUGGAUGUGCGCGGAUGAGAUGGGGUGAGUGGGUGGGGGUAAGUUCUCUUUUGGGAUAUAGAUGGAUAUUAAUAUCUAGUUUUCAUGAUAUCAGUAUCAUGAAUUUAGGGCAGCCUCAGUGGUCCUGCAACCUUUUAUUUUCUAUGUGUUAUUUCUGAUUCCAUUUGAGAACAUGCAUUGGGAAGAUAGACUUUCUUUAUUAACUCAAGAGAAUCAUAAAGCGAACCUAUUUGAUGCUAUAUGUCAAGCGGUACACAAGAGGGAAUGAUGAUUGCUUUGGUAGGAUGGCGGAAUAAAACUGCAGUUUGUUCAAUUGAAUUUACUUUUUGUCAAUACACUCUUUACAAUGGUGGUCUUUACUGUGAGCCACUCCAUCAGAUUGGCCCCACUCUGAGACCUGGUGAGGAAUUAGCAUAUGAACUGAACUUACAAGCUAUCUUGUGCUGGCUAAAAUGAAUUGCUGCCAUUAGGAGUUCAUGUUCUCCACAUUCAUUUCUCUGAUCUUUGGAUAGAUGUUAAUUCACUUGAAAUCAACAGAUUAACACAUCUACGAAAAUACUGGAUGAAGUAAAGGCAUAGAAAUGCAUUGUGAGUUCAUCCCUUCAUAUUGCCAUCUUUAAAUUGAGGCAACAUAAUGCUAAUAGAAGAGAAAAUCAGGUGAAUUACUUACUGUCUCUAAUUUGCGCUACUAGGGAAAAUAAACUUUAUUUCCUAUAUCUCUUGCCCCUGAAAUGUUCUAAAAAGGGAUUUGAAAUCUGGACAUUAUCAUCAAGUCAGUAAGAACAUGUUUCAAUAAAAUAAUCAAUAUUUUAAAAAAAAUUUAGAUUUAGAUUAUUAAUUUAGAUUUGUUACCCUCUCAUAGGUUGAAAUGAAAAUUAACGUGUUUCAUAAAGUAGGACUUCAAAGGCUAAAUAAAGAAAUGUAUUCACUUUCAGUGGGCUUGAAUUAACUGCUUAAAGUAGAUCAUGAACUUUGUCUCAGUUAACUCAUAAAUGGUUUGGAUAUUUUUUUUUAAUCUGUGAAGCACUUGUUGCAGAGAAGUAAACAAAAUUGUGGCAUUUUUACAUGAUCACAUGUUCAGUUUGAGGGGUUAGUUAUUCACCUUAACCUAAAAAGUAGAGUAAAUGCCACUUCUUUUUCUUAGUUUUCUCCAAGGAAACUAAACAAAUUUCAAAAUUCAGAAAAAUAUUUUAGCAGAAAAGGAGAUGGGUAUUGACCUGUGAAGCGGGUUAAGUCAUCAAACACUCCAGUGUGCUAAGAAACACUGGUAUGUUCAUUGAACAAGGACAUGUUUCAAUGCACUUGUUAUAGAUGAAUCUAUAAUUUAAAACACAAAUGGCAAAACCCAAUCAAUUGACAAUGUAAUCCCAAAUUCUGUCAAGAGGUGAAAAGUAGUCUGAUUAGCUAAUGCAUUACAAUGGAGAAAUCAGCGUUGAAUAAAAGACACCAAUCACCACCUUUUUCUCCUGUAGUACAAAUUGUUGUGAUCAUUUUGAAUUUGCGAUUCUUGCAUUUUUCCUGAUGAAUAUAAAACAAAAUGUUUCAAAAAUACGUUUCUUCAGCAAUAUUCAAGUCAUUAAAUUUCUGAAUAGUUGAAAGGUUCUUCUUUGCUGAAGUGAAAGGCUUUGUUCUCUCAGGGUUUGUUGCGACUGUGUUUACUCCAAUAAGAGGAAGAGAUGAGUGUGAGAAAGGGAAUGUUUGGAGAGGAUGGUCUGACAUGUGUGGAGAGUGACAGUGUUACAAGGAUGUGAAAAGGCUGUAAAAUGUAGUUGAGUGUCAGUCGAAGUUGUUUGUUUGGUGAUAUGAAGAGGUUUUUUGUGAGACAGGAAUGUGUGCAUCUAUAGGGUGUGGUAGUCUGAAGACUGCUGUGCAAGACAGUCUUGGGGAAGUCAGAUUGAAGAAGUUUGCUCUUGAAGAUGUCAUGCCUAUAACCUUCCCAUCUUGGUAAAGCCACUGAAUUUCUUCCAACCCUUCAUUAUAAUCAUGGGUCUAUACUCCUGACACUUGCUGUAGGGCUUAGCACCACAUCUAUUUGGUCUGAGAGGCUGUCCUCUUCUUCCUAUCCACAUAUUUAUCUGUGGGGCUGUAUAAAUUGCAGAAUUAACUCCAAAGAUGUCUCAAAAUCCUUGACAAUCUUUUCACAUUGAGAGAAGAAACAUGAGCCCUACCUUGACAAGUUGGCUGGUAGGGUCAAUUAAUUGAGUGGCAAUCACACCAGCAUUCCCACCUCCAACCCAAUUAAGCCUGGGGUGGAAAGUUCCCAUGAAUGGCCCUCCUAUUCCAUCACCAAUCGAGGUUCUGAAGUAGGCCUUGUCCUUCCAUUGUGGGCAUUAACACAUGGACAGGUAGGGGUUUCUCAUGCAGUGAGUAUGUCAAGCAAACCAUGAUAUGAUUGCUUGCAGCCUCCCACUGUGGCUGUCUGCACUUUUUAAAUCUAUUUGUUCAAAGGAUGUGGGCAUCACUGGCUUGGUCAGAAUUCAUUGUCCCUCCCUAAUUGCUCAGAAGGCAGUUUAGAGUCAACCAUAUUGCUGUGGGUCCGGAGUCACAUAUUGACCAGACCAGGUAAGGACAGCAGUUUCCCUCCCUAAAGGACAUAAAUGAAACAGAGUUUUAAUUAAAAUUGAUGUGAAUUAUUUGGUCACCAUUUGGCCAGCUUUUAAUCCUAGAUUUUUAUUGAAUUUCACCAUCUGUCAUGGUGGGAUACAAAUCCAGACCCUGGAAUGUUAGUCUGGGAUUCAGAAUUUCUAGUCCAGUGACAUUACAACAACAAUACUGCCUCCACCUUGUUCGAAGGUACCCUGCCUUUACUAAUGAUCCCCACCUCUGUCAUAACCCAAUGCUUGCAAUAGCACCACUCAUCCAUCUCUUGAUCCCUCUUUGAUCUAAGGUCUUGGUUGGAGAUGGCACCAACAGUAGCUUCUGCUUCUCUGCUGUGCUGCUGACUACAGAGGAGCUGUCGAUCUCCAAUUGACUGUCCCAAGAUCCUUGAUCCCUGAGAAGGAUCCAACACUUGCUGGUCAAGUGCCCAAGCGGCACAAGAUGCAGCAUGUCUUCCAAGGCAAGGCUGAGACCUCUGUCACCUUCUCAAGUUUCUGCCAUGCUAUUUUAUCAGGCUUAUUCCUGUCUCUGUUCUUUUAAUUUCAAAAUGGUUCCAUUAUGAUCUUUGCCAGGAUCCAUUUAAAUAUGGAGGCUUUAGCAACCAGGCAUGGUUCAUACUCAUGCACAUCUGGUCCAAUUUGUUGUAAACACUGAGAGGGAGAGUUCUAAAUGCUACAAAUCUUAAUCCUGUCUCUUUACUGGCUCUGAGCUUCUGCUGGCCGCUCACACUGCAAGCAAAUCCAAAGAUCAAAAUGCUACCUUCAAGAAUAAAUGAGUUCUUAUCUGUGAAAGUGCAAAUUCAUUAUUUUCACACUGAUGAAACUCUUUAUUUUCUUAGAAUACUUGCCUUUUACCUGAAGAGGACAGAUAUCUUUAUUUAUGUGUAUUAAGUGUCAGUUGACACAUACAUAUUAAAGAAUUUAUUGAGUAUAAAAUCAAUCCAGCCGUGAGAGUCAAAUCACGUCAUUUUUAUGAGUAAAGCAUUUCUGUAUGCCUGUAUUCAGCACUAUUUUAUCUAAAGCAAAAGUUAUUUUUUUUAAUAAUGCUAUCUUGAUGCCAUAUUUUGUUUAACAAUUGCUGGGAAAAUGUAUUGUGACAUUUUAAAUUGAUGGAUAUAAGGCAGGCAGACUGUCGAAUAAACAUUUGAACUGUUAACUUGGACACUGUAAAAUGAUUGUAUUCACUGUAAUCACAAAUAUAUUUCAGUCUUCUUUAAAAAGAAUUAAGAGUUAAGCACAAUCAGAAAAAUAAUAUGCCUGUAAUUAUGAAUGAUGUAACAUUUGUUCAAUUUGUUUGCUAAAUCAAUACUGAACUACUACCUAAUGAAUCAGUUCCUCUUGACCUUGUUGCUGUACUGUUGUUUUCAUUAUUUGCAGGUUCCCUGAUUGUUAUUCAGUCUCGGCAAUAUAUUUCAUUCUGAUUAAUGACCUUUCUUUGAUUAUAUGCAUACUUUCAGAUUUCCCUCUUAAUAUUUUCAACAAGCUGAAAGUUGCAUUUCAAUCAUGGCACAAAUGUAAUUAAAAUAGAAAAAAAAGACUGGAAAUACAAAACACAGAAUCUAAAACAGAGCAAAGUUGACAUUUUUGGACAGGGUUAUUAAAAGUUUGGGUGUGAUCUUUGUCUGUAAAAUCAUUUUUAUAAGACGUCACAAAAUGUCAUGACCAAAGAUAUUAGAAAGAGAUGAGCAAAUUUUAUUAAAUAUAAAGCAUAAACAUCAAUUGUAUCUGUCUGAGAUUUAAUUCAGAUUACUCAGGGAUUAUCUGAUAUUACUUUUAGCAUUAGAGAGAAAAUAAAUGGUGGAAUUUAAAGAGUAUAGGGAAACACUAUACCACAGCACAGGGACUAAAAGAAAAUUGCAGUAACAAACUCAGGAUGUGACACCUAUCCCAUUCUGGGCUUUAACAAUCUUGCUAUCAGGUAGAAAUUUCCUGCUGUUGUACCACACACUCAUUUGAUAUCUCUUAUGAGCUUACAUUUUUAGUUACAUGACAAAUUCAGUCACUCUGUAGUAAUUAUUAAAUUAAUGUCCUAAGUUUGAAGAAAAUGAAACAACAUUUCAGAAGCUUUAAAAGUUAAUUCUCUUUUGCUCUCCAUAGAAGUCAUGCAGCCUAUUGAGUCUUUGUAGCGUUUGCUAUUUUCAUUUCUGCUUUCCAACAUCGGCAGUAAUGUAC